AAUAUUUUCUUUGAUGUUAUGUACACAAAACAAAAUACUGUUUAGUGAUUAAAUUUUCUUGAGUUUAAAUAAUGAAUUUGUAGUAAAACAUUAAUACAAUGAACGUGUUUGAAACCUUAAUAAAUGAAGAGUUAUUUUCAAUUGAAUAUUUACAGCAAAAUGACGUGUGUAGACUUUGCUGGUGCAAAUCUGCGGAAAGAGAAAUCGCUGAAAACAUUACAGAAACUGAAGAAAACAAUAGCGAACGGCUAGCGGACAAAAUUAGUUACUGCUUGGACAUUUUCAUAGCACCAGAUAGCGGUCCCAGCAAGGUCUGCCAGCCCUGUGUAGAUAAACUCGAAAUUUUCCACAAGUUCAAAAUCCUAUGUAAACAAAUAGACUUUAAAUUAAAUGAACUGUUACAAAGCAUAGACGAUAAAACCUGCAUAUCGAAAUCAGUAAAAAAUACAAUUCUGAAGGAUGAAAUUCAUGAUGAAUGGAAUGAAAUAGAUGCUGAACCUAAGACGGAAUCCAUUGACGAAUUUUUGGAGCUCCUCUGCCCUUCUGACCCUGUCAGCGACGACGAGAUACCUCUCAAACAGAUAAAGAAAAAGAAAACAAACAAAAAGGUUAAAUUAAAAAAGAAACUAAAGUCUUCUAGCUCCAUCAAAUGCUACAUUUGCCUUAUAGAGUUUGACACCGAAGAAGAUUUCGUUUCUCAUAAUGCAAUGUCCCACGGGAUAGAAAAAAAUGGUUUUAAGUGUUUUGGCUGUGAGAAAAGGUUCAAGUCUAGGCAAAGUAGAGUCGGCCAUGAAACACAUGUCUGUAAGUACCUUAAAGAUGGGUACAAGUGUGCGAAAUGUGAUAUAUUCCUGCCUUCCCGCAGCUCUUACGAAAGACAUUUAAACAGUCACAGAAGGAGUUCAACUGGUGCCCUAGAUGUCGUUAUAAAAUGUACAAAGUGCUCAGAAAGUUUUAAAACAAUUGAAGCAUUGAAAAUACACAAGGAAACUCACCAGCCGGUGAAGAAGAAAUAUGUUUGUGAGAGUUGCGGCAAAGUGUUCACCCGCCACGACUACCUGUCCAAGCACAAGCUCACGCACUCCGGCGCGAAGCAGCACGUGUGCGCGCAGUGCGGCUUCCGCACCUCGCAGCGCUCCUCCCUCACUAUACACAUCAGGAAGCACACCGGAGAGCGUCCGUUCAGCUGUGACCUGUGCCCGCAGCGCUGCGUGUCCAGCUCCAACCUGCUGGCGCACCGCCGCCGCCACGGGGGGCUCAAGAACUUCGAGUGCACAAUAUGCAACAAAAAGUUCGGCUACAAAGCGAGCCUGGACGAGCAUUUUGCGUCAACACACGACCGCUCGUCGACGCACGCGUGCCAGCUCUGUGGCGCCAACUACUCGCGCGUGCGCGGCCUCAAGCGCCAUCUAGCGGCCAAACACAGAGUACACGACAAGAAGGAAGACAAAAUAGGUGAAAAACUGCCUGAAAACACGGAGGGGAGUGUAGAUGUUUUUAAAGACUGUGGAAAAGUAACGGAAAAUACAGAGGUGUAUAAAAAUGUAGAAGAAGAUUUCUUUGUGAAGCUACGGGCGGAGGAGUUUGUGAAAGUGACUGAGAACAGUGAUGUGAAGGGUUUGCUGUGUAAAUAAGAAAAUCGGUGUAAAUAUGUAAGUUAUUCUAUCAUCAUUUUGUAUUGUGGCAAUAGAAAACUUAGGUAAACAUGUA